CUUAAAAUGCUGUGACGGCAUCGUGGAGAAGCCAAUCACAUCGCUCGCGGCACCGCGGAUAUUUGAAAACAGAAAUGGCUGAAGCUCAAGCGGUUCUGCGGCGCUGUGACCCGGCUCUGCUUGGUUCCCUCAGAGACUCAGAGCCGUGUGUCUCUGAAGCGGCCGGCAUGGUUCCCUACCUCACGGACAGAAGACAAGUCCAGAAGGUUCUCGGCCGUCAGCUCUUCGUAGUGGACUCGAUGAUGUCACUGCUGGAGGGUCUGCAGUCUGCCCAGAACCUGGUGACUCAGCCCUGCCCCACCCAACCUGGAGGCGUGGCUCGCAGCAGGUGGAGGUGUCUGAGGGCAGACAGCAGGUCUGUGACGGAGGAGACGGAGACGUUGCUACGGACUCUGCAGGACAAAAUACAACAAAUACACAGCAGAAGACACACACUCACACAGUUGAUCCAACAUCUGCACAACAAGAAGGAGCAGUAUGAACAGCUGGAUGAGUCUCUGCUGAAGGCCUACAAUGCACAGCAGUCAUGUGACCAUCAGCUCUCCCAGCUGAGGCCUGAGUUAGCAGUGGCGCUCGGUCAGGUGACCAGCUGGCAGCGAAUCAGAGACGAGCUCCAGGGGUAUGUCUCUGCCGUACAGGACGUCAUGCAGAUCAACCUGCUGUCCUUCAACCAAUCAGAGCUCUGUCUGGAACUCAGGCCACGCCCCUUUCCAGACAUAGUGUCCAAUGAGCCGGAGACACUGAAGCUUUCAAUCACCUGGAGUCACAACGACCGCUUCACAAUGCAGGUGACGGAGGGCCCUGCUGGUCUGGUGGAGGAGGGCCUGUGGUGCCGUCGGUCUGAACUGAGCUCCACCUUGCUGGAGGUGAUGCAGCGUUACCUCACUCAGUUCCAUCUGCUGUCUGAGAUCCAGAGACUGAGAUCCAGCUUUGCCAUCGACUGGCAUCCCGCUCAGCGGCUGCUGGUCUACUUGAAGAAGGCGCUGCUGGUGUGCCACCUGGAGGUGGAGGACGGGUAUUCGACCCGCGGACAGACCCGCCUGCUCUCGGUACGCAGGGACGGACAAGCCCUAGAAAUAUCUGGACUGAAGCCUCUCGAAUCUGAUCUCACUCUCACUGGUUGGUUGGAGUUCCUCAGCGUUCAUCCUCUCCUGUGACACUGCUCUUUCUCUGUGGUCAUCCUCUCAUUUGUCACAUGACCGUUUUAUGUCUGUUUGUAUGUUUAUACAAAAUAAAAAUCUGUUUCUAGA